GAUGAACGGUGUUAUGACAGCGGAUCAGGUCCCAGUUAAGAUUUCUGCUCUGCGGACCUACUAUUGCAAGGAACUAAGGAAGGAAACCCUCUCCCGGAAAAGUGGGGCUGGUCGAGAUGAUAUCUAUGAGUCUACCACCUGGGAAUGGUUUAAGCUGUUGGAUCCUUUUCUUAGAAGCCAGGUUCAUCAAAAAAAAACUUUAAGUAACUUGGAAACCAACACACUGUCAACUGAGCAGGAUGGACCCAGUCAAGUGGAACAAGUGGCUCAAGAGGAGGAAAAUGUGGAACCAGACAAUGUGCAGGCUGAAACCAUGGAUUGUACUCCACCACCCCCAUCUAAAAGAAAGCGACAGGACAGUGUUCCCCUCCAAGUUUUGGCUAUUCUUAAGUCAAUUGAAAACAGAAGAUCACAAAGUGAAAAUAAUGGCGAACUAUGUUUUGCCAAAUAUUUGGCAUCAGAGAUUGCCCGAGUUUCCAAUCUAAGUAAAAGGAAUGAAUUGAAAAUUAAAGUUCAACAACUUAUUUUUGAAUAUCAAAAUGAAGAAUAAGAUUUUAUAUGUAUUAUGCACAUGCCAUCUGUCCUUAAUGAUGACUCAUUAAGAUAAUUAUAUGAAGCUCUUGACUUGAAAUCCUAAUAUAUGCAAAGAAUAUGUAUUUCAGGUCAGCUGCAAAGCUUUUUCCCAAGACAUUUGUCAGCCAGUUUAAAUAAUAAAUCAUAAUUCAUGUUA